AUAUGUUAUUGUUUUUUUGGGGGGCGGUGCACAAAUUCUUUAUUGAAUCUAUUUUUGUUGUACCAAACAUCGACUAUACGACAUCAUUCCACAGCUUGGUUUAUCUGAACACCUGAUGCUAGGUCACGGUAUCAUGGCGUAUGGACAUACAGGUGCUACAGGUAGAGUAAGACCCUUAAAAUAACACACGUCCUGCUACCUAUAGGGGAUACAGCCGUGUUGUUGUGUACCUGUAGAUGUGCAGCUGUAGGUACGAAACUGUUCUUGUCACAGCUUUAUCAUUGUUUGACACAAAGAAAGGGAAGGCAGGUAGACGUGUGUGAGCUAGAAACAGGUGUAACAGUCGUGUGAAUCAAGGACCUGACUAAUAUUGUCUAAUGUUUGAUGGUAUGUGUUAACUUACAUGUUGCUAAUGAGAAUGUCUAAACAAAAAUUGAUUGAAGGAUAGGCGGUCUUAUCAAUAUAACUGAGAUAGUAAGCCAGUGUGUGCAAGUGACAGCAAGUAAGUUGGUGCAAAUUAGACAGUAAUGAUGUGCAUAUAUUAUGUGCUUUCAUAAAGCGGCUUGCUUUGGCCAAUUGAUAUCAUAAUUUAUAUUUUACAAGUAAAGGUUGAGGACUGAUAUUUUAUUUAUGGUCAUUAAAUUAUUUUUGAACAUAAAUCCACUGAACACUAGUUAACUUCCGGUUCACCGUAGGUCAGUUAUCCUGAGAGACUACGGAAUGUUGCAGGUGUUGUUUCACAGUAUAUAUAUAUGUAUGUAUAUAUAUAUAUAUUUAUAUAUGUUAUAAUAUAUAUAUAUAUAACGUAUUUUUUGGAGUAUAACACGCGUAUAACGCGCACACAUCAUUUGCCCCUAUUUUCAGGGGAAAAAGUGCGUGUUAUACGCCAAUAAAUACGGUAUAUAUAUAUAUAUAUAUAUAUAUAUAUAUAUGUAUAUAAAGACCUAAAUGACGCCGUAUGUAUAUUGAAAACUAAUGUUUCAGUACAUGAUAUAGAGAAAAAUUUACUGUCUAGGGCCAGAGCAGGGGUCUCAAACUCAAACGAUCCGGGGCCCAAGGCAGGAGAGUCUGAGUGAGACUGGGCCGCAUCAAGUAUCCACACAAAAAAAGCGACUACAAAAAUUAUCUCAACGAGACAGUAUCAUUGAUUGCUAAAGGCGUUAAAUCCUCAGUGAGAAAUAAAAUCCCAGGUGAUCUAAAGUAAAACUAUUCAGCUCGUAAAGGCUAUGAAAAUAACGAGCUCCUGAUGAACAAAGACGAAAGACUGCCACUGGUGAUUUUAUAAACUAAAAAAUGGAGUUCAAACAGAGGACGGGAGCAGGCAAUAUUGAUGAAUUAUUGGUGCGAAGGAAGAUGCUAUUGUAGGGAGAACGAAUUUUGAUUUUUGUUUAAAACAGUUUAAAAGAUCUUUUUGACUAAACCGAUUUUGAAAGUGACCAGGCUGACAGGCUCGGAUUUUUUCCCUCACUCCUCACUCGAACAGACUAGCGGUCAUUUUAACAGGGAUAACAAAAUGCUACCAUUUACGCAACUGUGCAUUGCCCACUAAUUGACUUUUAAAAACAUUUAAUUAAAUCAUAUGUAUGUGCAAUAUUCGAAGCUCGUUUUCUCGAAACCGCACCUUGGCCAUGUUUGUCUCAUAAAAUUUUAUAAAAUAAAAAUUUUUUAGUCCGAUUUUAAAGCAGUUUUUACCAUCAUAAUCAACACCCAAACCUAUAGAAACAUAAUAAAAAUCAGACUUAGACAAGUCAGUGAGAUUCGACUGAAACCGCCGAGGAGGGUCACAUUAUAGAUAUGAGAAUGGGGAAAACGCGCGGGCCGCAUUAACACUAAAAUUUUCAAAAUAUCGUGUUUCGGGCCUCAAAUUGCCCGUGGGCCGCGAGUUUGAAACCCCCUUGGGAUAGAGGGUACCAUGUAAAUCUCAAAUUAUUUGCUGGCUUAUGUGUUGUUGUUUUUUUUGUCCCCAAUUCAGGCGUGCUUACCAUGAGUGUGUCAUCCAGUCAGCAAAGGUCAACAAGAGAGCCGCCGGCAGACAGCCCGUAUGUCGGCCGGGUAGGGCUAGAAGAAAUGGAGGCCAUGAGAAGGACGAUGGACCCGAACGCGUUCUCCGCGCCUUUGAAUCAAGGGAGCCUAUCGCGAUUGGACAAAUUUAACCUAUUUUUCCUGAUUGCUUUCCCUUUGUUCUUCUUUGUGCUGGGGAUAAUUCUGACGGCCGCCCUGGGUUAGCAUGGAUAUAAAAAAUUUGAAGAAUGGCAAAAAGUUCAGUAUCUUUUAGGACAUUUAUUUUCAGACGUACCAACAACCCACCUCACCUCAAAAA